AUGGGGGCGAAGAUGCGGACGGCAGCGUCUGGAGAACUCGAAUUAGGAGCCACCGACACGGAUCACAUGGCAAUCGCCAAAUACGCGGAUGAUACAUGGCAGACCGCAGCUGUAGUGUCAUUUGCUAACCCGAGCAUGCAUCCUACAUCAAAGUGCUUCCAAUACGGGCAGACGAGGUUUGAGGGUAUGCAGGCGCACAAGACCCCAGAAGGAAAACUCGUCGUCUUUCGGCCUGAAAAGGACGCACAGCGUUCCAACAAGUCUGGGGAGAGAGUUGAGAUGCCUGAGCGGCCGGAAUCCCUGUUUCUGGAAAUGCUGGAGAUGCUGGUCUGGGCCGAACACCCUACCCCACUUUUUUUAGCAGUUCGGUACUCAAGGUUCAUAUCGAGCCCAAACGAAGGAGAGCAUCUCUCGGUGGUGCCGGCAGCUCAAAAUGCGGCAGUAAUUAUACCGCUGCUCUUUCAUCGUCCAGUACGGCAAGAUGUCAUGGCAGUCAUCAGACACUGUUUUCCAAUGGAGAGCGCGAAAGAAAUCCAGCAAAGCGAGGUCGCGAACAUCUUCUUUGUGGGGUUGGACGAAGUGAUUUGGAUCCCAUCCCUGGACAACCAUACCAUCCUGGAUGGCAUCACGCAAGGAUCGGUCUGCGACCUGGGUGAGGCAGACGGGAUCCAAGUGAAGGAGCGGCAUUAUUUCGUCAAGGAGCUUCUUGCGGAUGUGAGAAAGAAGAGAGUCGUCGAGGUCUUUUUCAACAGGCACGGCUGGCGUCUUGUCGUCGUCGGUUCGUUCUAUCAUCCCGAUGUUGGCGAAUUCAUUGUGGGUGAUGGUACGAUGGGCCCUGUGACGCAGAGGCUGAGGGCGGAAUUGCUGGGUAUCUAG